AGUGAAAUGAAACUUUGUUUAUCUAAUUAUUAUAUACAACAUAGUUUCAAUAAAAUUAUAUAUUUUCUAUCACGAGCUUGCUAUAUUAAUUUCUCGAUAUUUUAGUGUGUAGGUGUGGCAACAUCGUAUUAGAGUCACGUUUGUUUGGCACGUACAGCUGUUUUGUGUUUGUAUACAGUUAAAAUAUAGUGGGAACGUGUGAAGACGAAUGUAAAGUUGUAAUGUUUGCGAGGUAUUGCAGAUGGUUGUUUGUAGGUCCCGGACAUUUUCGUGACGCUUGUAGAUGCUUAUAUACAUCUUCUCGCACUAGUUCAAACAUCAAUAGUGGUGUAGCCCACGUUCAGAUAAAUUUUUUAAUAAAUAAAUUAGGGCUGCCGGUCGCCCAGGCUGAAGAAUUCGUGAAGGGGCAGAAGUCCCAGCCAGAUGUCUCCCCGGAGCGGCUCGACAAAGCACUGGACAUGUUGUUGGGUCUGGGGUUCACGCUGGGCGAGGUGCAGGCGUGCCCCGAGGUGGUGCUGGUGAAGCCGGCGACCAUCCAGCACCGCACCUUGCUGCUGCAGGAGGCGGGAGCCCCCAAGGUCACGCCUCGCUGCGUCGUCAGCUACCUGGUGCUGGCGCGCAUGCGCGUGACGCUCCUGAAGGCGUACGGGCUGAUCCCGCCGCACGUGGACGUGGCGAGCAGCAUGUUGUCGCACCUGGGGGACGGGCCGGGGCCCCUGGCCUCCCCGGGCGAGGACGCCACCCUCGCGGCCACCCAGGUGGCGGUGCUGCGGCACUACCUGGCGUGGCGCCUGGCGCUGGCGCCCCACGAGCUGGAGCGCGUCAUGAGGACGUACACGCGCGUCAGGAACAAGAGCCUGCGCCUCAUCAGCCGCACGCUCGCCGUCCUGCAGGACGAGCUGGGCUUCUCGCGCGACAAGAUCAAGAAUAACGGCUACCUGAUCCACAGCCACCCGGACAACACUCUGCGCACACUGCGCGAGGUGCCCCACAUCCGGGGCGUGCCGUUCAAGGACAUAGUGCUGCUGCACCCCAAGAUAGUGAUGACGCCCACCGACACGCUGCUGACGACCCUGCGCUACCUCGAGGAGUUCGGCAUCAAGGACGAGUCCGUGCGGCGCAACCCGGAGGUGUUCACGCUGGGCAGCGAGAGCGUGCGCGCGCGCCUGGAGCAGAUCCGCACGCAGCCGGGGCUGAGCGGGCUGCAGGGCCACCCGCGCGUGCUGCGUCUCGUGCAGUACAUCCGCAAGGCGCGCAAGCGUCUCGACACGCUGCAGGACUUGCGGGUGCGCUGCGCGAGCUUGCACGUGCUGUGCGGCACGCAGGCGCGCUUCGAGGGGUACACCCGGGACGGGGCGGACCGCACGCGCGGGGUGGACGCGGUGCACUACCUGAGCCGCGCGCUGGGCUGCGACGGGGAGGACGCGCGGGCGCGCCUUCGCCGCCACCCCUACUGGUACCACGUGCCCCUCGAGACCAUCCGGCAGACCUGCGAGCUGCUGCUGGGCCGGGGCUUCUGCCCCCGCGACGUGCUGCGCAACGUGCACCUCCUGCUGUACUCGCGGGAGCGGGUGCUAGCCGAGCUGGAGGGCCUGGGGCAGCGUCCCGAGCUGCGAGCAGACGUGUUCCUGACCGCGACGGGGGGCUCGGAGCCGUCCCGGUCCCAGCAGCUGGCUCUGUGCCUGUACUUCCUGGAGCGCGAGCACCACUUCACCGGGGACGGAGUGUGGGCGGGCCUGCCCCCGGCCCCCCUCGCCGCGGCCUGACGCCCCACACCGGUGCUCGCUUGUUCCUGCUCACAUGGAACAUUUCUAUGAUAAAUUAUUCUGUGUACAGUUUGUAAAUAUAAGAGUUGUUUCAGAGGGAUAUUUGCUUAUCUUGUUUUUAUUCAUUAAAAAUGUAUUUAAUAUAA